AUGCCAGUCUGAACCGGUUUCAACCGGUCUUGCGUGUGAUGCAUGAGACUGGCGAGGAGCUGGGUCACAGUCUCUCGCAAAUAUCUGCUUACAAAACAACGGUUUUUCUACACGAGACUAACGAAUAAACUGACGAUUGGUUUGAUGCUGAUGUUAUAAAGCGGAGUGAGAAAUUUAAGGCGGGCUGUGAGCCGUUAUACAGACAGAGAGAUGAACUAACACGAGCUGCUGCCUGAAAGAGGACCCGGACUCAAUUACUGAAGGCAAUAAUUAUAAAUAACACCGAAAUUGUGUUUUUUGUGGUAUCGUUUGCUUUGCUUUGUAGUAUGUAUGGUUAUACAGUGAGGUAGCCAGCUAGUUAGCAUUUAAGGUGAAGUUGCUAGAUGCUCAAACCGCCUUUUGAGUAUAGUUUACACAUGCUAUUGUGUAAAAUGAGAUAAAUCAAACAGACUAUUUUUAUAUAUAACGUUAUACCCGAAGUCUUGAUCUCGUUUGGACGCUGCGCACGUUUUCCAGGACACCUAAACAUAGUUGGCGACCCUAAAGCACGUUAGCAUUGUUGUUUUUCAAGCGAAAAGAGGAGAUUGAUUAAAACAGCUCUAUGCCGGCAGACAUGACCAUGUUGGCAGAUCACACAGCACGACAGUUGCUGGACUUCAGUCAAAAGCUCGACAUCAAUUUACUGGACAAUGUGGUCAACUCCAUGUACUAUGAUGUGGGAUCUCAGCAAAGACUGGCACAAGAAGUUCUCACCAACCUGAAGGACCAUCCAGAUGCCUGGACCAGAGUGGACACCAUAUUGGAGUUCUCGCAGAACAUGAAGACUAAAUACUACGCUCUACAGAUACUAGAGACGGUGAUUAAAACACGCUGGAAGAUUCUUCCACGAAACCAGUGUGAAGGAAUUAAGAAGUAUGUUGUUGGGCUGAUAAUCAAGACUUCAUCUGAUGCCAACAGCGUGGAGAAAGAGCAGGUGUACAUAUCGAAGCUCAACAUGAUCCUGGUGCAGAUCCUGAAGCAGGAGUGGCCCAAACACUGGCCCACAUUCAUCAGUGAUAUAGUGGGAGCGAGUCGCACCAGUGAGAGUCUGUGUCAGAACAACAUGAUAAUCCUGAAGCUGCUCAGUGAGGAGGUGUUUGAUUUCUCCAGUGGUCAGAUGACUCAGGUCAAGGCCAAACACCUGAAGGACAGUAUGUGCAACGAAUUUUCCCAAAUAUUCCAGCUAUGCCAGUUUGUAAUGGAAAAUUCCCAGAAUGCCCCUCUGGUUCAUGCCACAUUGGAGACACUCCUUCGUUUUCUCAACUGGAUUCCCCUGGGCUACAUAUUUGAGACCAAACUCAUCAGCACGCUGGUGUACAAGUUUCUGAAUGUUCCGAUGUUCCGGAACGUCACUCUGAAGUGUCUGACUGAGAUCGCAGGUGUCAGUGUCAGUCAGUACGAGGAGCAGUUUGUGAACCUGUUCACACUCACCAUGAUGCAGCUCAAACAGAUGCUCCCGCUGAACACAAACAUCCGUCUAGCGUAUUCAAAUGGAAAAGAUGACGAGCAGAACUUCAUCCAGAACCUCAGCCUGUUCCUCUGCACCUUCCUCAAAGAGCACGGGCAGCUGAUCGAGAAGAGACUAAACCUCAGAGAGACUCUUAUGGAGGCCCUGCACUACAUGCUGCUAGUGUCUGAGGUGGAGGAGACGGAGAUCUUCAAGAUCUGUCUGGAGUACUGGAACCAUCUGGCUGCUGAGCUCUAUAGAGAGAGUCCCUUCUCCACAUCCACAUCUCCACUGCUCUCAACCAGCCAACACUUUGACGUGCCGCCUCGUAGACACCUGUACCUACCCGUGCUCUCCAAGGUGCGUUUGCUCAUGGUGAGUCGCAUGGCCAAACCAGAGGAGGUUUUAGUGGUGGAGAACGAUCAGGGCGAAGUGGUGAGAGAGUUCAUGAAGGACACCGACUCCAUCAACCUCUACAAGAACAUGAGGGAGACUCUGGUCUACUUGACUCAUCUGGAUUAUGCUGAUACUGAGCGUAUCAUGACUGAAAAGCUUCACAAUCAGGUGAAUGGCACCGAAUGGUCCUGGAGGAACCUGAACACGCUGUGCUGGGCCAUCGGCUCCAUUAGCGGAGCCAUGCAUGAGGAGGACGAGAAGAGAUUCCUCGUCACAGUCAUUAAGGACCUGCUUGGUCUGUGUGAACAGAAAAGAGGGAAGGACAACAAGGCCAUCAUCGCCUCCAACAUCAUGUACAUCGUCGGCCAGUACCCACGAUUCCUCAGGGCCCACUGGAAGUUCCUCAAGACCGUUGUUAACAAACUCUUUGAGUUCAUGCAUGAAACCCAUGAUGGUGUGCAGGACAUGGCAUGUGACACGUUCAUCAAGAUCGCUCAAAAGUGCAGGAGGCAUUUUGUGCAGGUGCAGGUGGGAGAGGUGAUGCCUUUCAUUGAUGAGAUCCUCAACAACAUCAACACCAUCAUAUGUGACCUGCAGCCGCAGCAGGUGCACACGUUCUAUGAGGCCGUGGGCUACAUGAUUGGCGCGCAGACGGACCAGGCCGUCCAGGAGCGCCUCAUUGAGAAAUAUAUGCUGCUCCCCAACCAGGUCUGGGACAGCAUCAUCCAGCAGGCCACCAAGAAUGUGGACAUCCUGAAGGACCCGGAGACAGUGCGUCAGCUGGGCAGCAUCCUGAAGACCAAUGUGCGGGCGUGUAAAGCUGUGGGUCACCCGUUCGUCCUGCAGCUGGGCCGCAUUUACCUGGACAUGCUGAACGUCUACAAGUGCCUGAGUGAGAACAUCUCCUCCGCCAUCCAGAGCAAUGGUGAGAUGGUGACUAAGCAGCCCCUGAUACGCAGCAUGCGGACAGUAAAGAGAGAGACUCUGAAGCUCAUCUCAGGAUGGGUCAGCCGCUCCAACGACCCUCAGAUGGUUGGCGAGAACUUUGUUCCACCUUUGCUUGAGGCGGUCCUCAUUGACUACCAAAGGAACGUUCCAGCUGCUCGAGAACCCGAGGUGCUCAGCACUAUGGCCACCAUCGUCAACAAGCUCGGCUCUCAUAUCACAGGAGAGAUCCCCAAGAUAUUCGAUGCAGUGUUUGAGUGCACUCUGGAAAUGAUCAACAAGAACUUUGAGGAGUUUCCCGAGCACAGAACGCAUUUUUUCUACCUGCUGCAAGCUGUCAACUCCCAGUGUUUCCCAGCAUUCCUGUCCAUCCCACCGGCACAGUUCAAACUGGUUCUGGACUCCAUCAUCUGGGCCUUCAAACACACCAUGAGGAACGUGGCCGACACUGGUCUUCAGAUCCUGUUCACCAUGCUGCAGAACAUCGCUCAGGAAGAGGCCGCAGCUCAGAGCUUCUAUCAGACAUACUUCUUCGACAUCCUGCAGCACAUCUUCUCUGUUGUCACGGAUACGUCUCACACGGCCGGUCUGACGAUGCACGCCUCCAUCCUGGCCUACAUGUUCAACCUAGUGGAGGAGGGUAAAAUCAGCGUGGCACUGAACGCAGGCACGGCGGGUAACAAUCAGGGCUACGUGCAGGACUAUGUGGCCAACCUGCUGAAGACUGCCUUCCCACAUCUGCAGGAUGCACAGGUGAAGGUGUUCGUCACUGGUCUGUUCAGCUUAAAUCAGGACAUUCCUGCCUUUAAAGAGCACCUCAGGGACUUCCUUGUGCAGAUCAAGGAGUUUGCAGGCGAGGACUCAACAGAUCUCUUCCUAGAGGAGCGGGAAGCGUCUCUCCGUCAGGCUCAGGAGGAGAAACACAAAAUCCAGCUCUCCGUCCCAGGAAUCCUGAACCCUCACGAGCUCCCGGAGGAAAUGUGUGAAUGAUCGCCACAAUCGUAUGCGCGUGUGUAUGUGUGUGUGUGUGUGUGUGCAGAGGUAGCAGUCCAAUGAGGGACGGAUAGGAAAAUGAAUCCAGAUGUUGGUUUUUUGACGACCAAAUCAAUGCCAAUAUGUAAAUUUAAAGUCUGUUAUUAGUAAAGCCGGCUCCUCGUACUCCUCUCCCCCCUCCAAAAAAAACUCCUUGGUUUUACACAACAGAGCUUUUAUAUAAAGGAAGCCGUUGCUGUGCGUCUCCUGCAUAUCAAUUCACUGUAUACUCCUCAGUGUUUCUGUUCGGUUUGUUUGCUUUCCUGUUUUCUUCCAAGCACAUGACUAAUCGUUUUAAUGUUUUCUCUGUGAAUAUGUAAUAUAGAGUAUGGCAGGUCAGUGAAAACCGGAACGUGUGGCUCGUAAACCACAGCAGGUGAAUGUGAUGGUUUAGGAUCAGUCCUCUUGCUGUUCCUGAGGUCUUUAUAAGGAGGUUGUGUGUGUGCGCGUGUGUGUGUGUUUAUAUAUAUUUUUUCAUUUGAUUGCAGUGUAUGAGGGAGAUUGAAGUCUUUUUUUUUGCAUAGGGAUGUCAUUCAAAUGGAAGGGUUUGUUCAUAUCAUCCUAUUUGUAAAGCUGUGUAUUAGUAAUAUGGAAACAUAAAGUUGGUUAUUUUUACAAAGCAUUGGGUGUGUGUGUGUGUUUUUCACUGUGUCGUAUGAGGAUGCGUGUUAAGCGUUUAGGAGUUGUGUAUAUAAAAUGAAGAAAACGUUGAGAUUAUAUUAAUUGCUUUACAAAAUUCAGCCGGCUACAUCGAUAUUUUCUUUUCUCCAGUGACUCCCAAAGCUGAAUUUUCCAAUUAUUACUGCAUUAUUCCAAUGUUCAGUUUUCCACAGUCUAUCUGACAAUAUUUUACAAGCGGUUUUGAUAUUCAAUAAUCUAUUUUUAGUAAAUGGAGCAUAAUAUUUUUGGGAAUACCAUCAUUAUCGUACUGUACUUUGGUUUUUGUUUGUUUUUACUUUUCUCUCAUUAACUUAUAUUUUAAAUGUAUAUAUUUGUUAUUGUGAGUUACUGUUUUUGUUUGUUUAUUUAGACAUCCAAUAAAGACGUUUUUCAAAUGUUG